AUGAAGCAGAAAAGCCUCACGUCCUUCUUUGGCAAGAAGGACGACGCGAAGGCACCCUCAGCCUUGAAACCCAAGCUCGCGACUCCCGCAUCGACGCCGAAGAUUUCAAAGACGAAGCCGCAAGACAGGGAGAACCCCCCGUCAUCCCCCGUCUCGACGAAAGAGUUCCAUACGCCUCUCCUUAAGGCAAGCUCCCAAUCGUCAGGCGUCAUGAGCGCGAAGUACACGCACGGCUCCGACGGUGGACAGAGCUGGCAGGAGACUCCGCCCACCAGCGACCUCAUCGACGUGGACAUGAUUUCGGAUAUGGACGCGUCGGAGACGGCUCAGGGUAGUGUGGUGAAGUCGACGUCCACGCGCAAGAAGCGAAAGAUUGCUGUAGAAGACUCGGAUGACGAUAUUCGUAUGAACGAACCGAUUCCUUACAGAAAAGCGCCCGAGAGGUCUAAGAAGCUCCGUAUGUCCGCCAUCUUCUCUGACGCGGAGGAUGAGGAAGAAGAUGGAGCGGAGCCACGGAAUACCUUCGCGAAACGCCUCACCAAGUUCCAAAAGUCCCCUUCGAAGGCCAAAUCUCGAGGGCGCAAAAAGGCUGACGACGACGACUUCCUUGUCCCAGACGACAUAGACGAAGACGAAGACGAAGACCUCUGUCCUUCAUCGUCUCGCCCUUCGUCACGAGCCACCUCACGUCUUUCGUCUCGCUCGAGUGCUCGCUCUGACUUCGACGAGGACGAGGACGAGGAGGACGAAAAGCCGAAGAAGGGCAAGGGCAAGAAGGCCGCGCCGUCGCGCCCCGCUCUGAAGAAGGACGCCACUUCGAAAGGGUCUACGUCGUUCCUCACAGCCGCCGAGCAGCGCGCACGCGCCCAGAAAGAGGAGAAGAAGUCCACGGAGAGCCCGUACGUCUUCCUCCAAGAUCCGAAAGACAAGGACGGUGUUCGUCCCGGAGAGCCAGGCUACGACCCUCGUACUCUCUUCAUCCCACCCAAGGCUUGGAAAGAAUUCACACCAUUUGAGAAGCAGUUCUGGGAGAUCAAGCAGAGCCAUUUCGACACGAUCCUGUUUUUCCAGAAGGGCAAGUUCCUGGAGCUCAUGGUUGGUGUCCCCGAGAUGUCGUUCAAUUUCUGGGCUGCGAAGUUCCUUGCAAAGGUAUGUUACAAAGUCGGGCGUAUGCGCCUAGCUGCGGACAAGGGCAAGAAGAAGACUGCUGCCGCUGAUAAAGGGAAGGAGAAGAUCGUUCGCCGCGAGCUCAACAAAGUCUUCACCAAUGGCACUCUCGUCGACGCGGAACUUCUUAACGACGAGCAAGCCGGCCAUUGUGUAUCUCUCCGUGAAGAGGAAAGUACCGAAGGUAAGGACAUCAAGCAGUCGUUUGGGAUAUGUGUGCUGGAUAGCGCCACGAGCGAGUUUAAUCUGAGCUGGUUGAGGACGACGUAUGGCAACUUGUCCGUCGCGACCGCCCGACUCCUCAAGUCAAUACUCCCCGGCAACUGUCUCUGGACAAGUCUCCGCGAUAGCGAAGGUCUCAAGUAUCAGGAGACGAUCAAGGAGUUGAAGAAGCUUUACCCGAAAGAUGAGGAAGACGACGAACUCGCCGACAAUCCACAUGGGUUGAGCACCGCUGUCCCAGAAGCCAUUCGGAGAUUGCUUCCCCACGAAGUCGCGAUUGAGGCGCUUGGCGCAAUGAUCUGGUACCUCCAUACCCUCAACAUCGACAAAGAUAUUCUUAGCAUGAAGAACUUCAACAUCUAUGACCCAAUGAAACGCGGCCAAGGUCUUGUUCUGGAUGGACAAACUCUUGCGCACAUCGAAGUCCUGCAGAACAGCGAAUGUACCGAGGAGGGCACUCUUUUCAAACUGCUCGGUCGGUGCAUCACCCCGGCUGGCAAGCGGCUCUUCCGCAUCUGGCUCUGCAUGCCCCUCCAUCUCUUGGAUCACCCUACCUUUGAGGCGGAGUUCACGGACAUCGCCAAAGGUCUUCCGGAUCUCGAGCGCAUAGUGUCCCGCAUUCAUGCGAAGAACUGCAAAGUUAAGGACUUCCUCAAGGUCCUCUCGUCUUUCAAAUCGCUUAGCAAGGGUCUCGCGCAGCUCGCAGAGACUGCCGACGAGUUUAAGUCGAAGACUAUUACAGGCCUUCUCCGGUCCGCACCCGAUUUGUCGCCGAACCUGAAGCACAUUAAAGCCAUGUUCCAGACACCAGAAGAAAAGACCGACGAGCUCAUUCCUGAGGACGGCAAGGAUGAGGUCUAUGACGAGAUCCAGCAAGAGAUCGAUGCCUUGGAAACAGAGCUCAAGGACGAACUGAAAAGAUCAAGAAGAAGACCGGUUCAGCUUCAAGGCAAGGACAAGGACAAGGGUCCGAAGGAGUGGACCCUCAGCGGAUCGACAGCUAAGGCGAAACGCUACCUCCUGAAGGAGGCGCGCGAGAACCGCAACACCGCGAUCAAGGGGUUUAAGAACCGACUCUACGCCGAGUUCGACGCCGACCGUAGCGUGUGGCUGCGCGCGGUGCGUGUCCUUGCCGAGCUCGACUGCCUUUUCAGCUUGGCGAAGGCGUCCAGCGCGCUCGGGGAGCCAGUGUGCCGGCCGGAGCUGGUCGAGGGUGAAGAGGCGUUCGUGGAGUUCGAAGAGUUGAGGCACCCGGCUCUAUGUGCGAGCUCGUCGCUGAAGGGCGACUUCAUCCCGAACGAUGUCAAGUUGGGCGGUGGUGUGGGAAGGAUAGCGUUGUUGACUGGACCCAAUAUGGGUGGGAAGUCCACGGCUAUGCGUAUGACCGCGACUGGUAUCAUCAUGGCGCAGCUUGGUAUGCUUGUGCCAGCCAAGUCGGCCAAACUCUGCCCAGUGGAUUCUAUCCUGACCCGUAUGGGCGCAUACGAUAACAUGUUCUCCAAUGCGAGUACCUUCAAGGUGGAGUUGGACGAAUGCUGUAAGAUUCUGCGCGACGCCACCCCAAAUCCUUCGUCAUUCUUGAUGGUGAGAAUCCUGCUGCUCUCGUCUCCUGUCACUCGUACUAACAGUAUCACAGAACUGGGACGAGGUACAUCCACCUACGAUGGGAUGGCGAUUGCAGGAGCGGUCCUCCACCAACUGGCGACCCAUACCUUGUCGCUUUCGUUCUUUGCCACCCACUAUGGUUCGCUCACGGACGACUACGCGUACCACCCCAACAUCCGGAACAUGCACAUGGAUACCCUCGUCGACGACGAGAAGCGGGAGCUGGUCUUCCUCUACAAGCUUGUCGACGGUGUUGCAUCCUCGUCUUUUGGUACCCACGUCGCGAACCUUGCCGGCGUCCCGCUCCCCAUCGUCGAGCGUGCCGAUGCGGUCUCUACCGACUUCGCGGCGCACUUCAAGGCGCGCCUUGAGGGCAAGAAGCGCAUGUCAGCCGCGGGUCGCCUCCCGCUCGACGUCCAGGCCGAUUUUGCGUACCUGUUCAAGCUCGCGACGGGCGCGUUGGUGUUGCCGGAGGAUAAGGUGCGCCAGCGCAAGGUCCUCCGUGUGCUCAAAGGAGUGGUGAGAGGUGCAUUGAAGGAGACGGCGGCCGUUGCUAUUUGA